GGAAGGCUCAAUUUCCCGCCUUGGCAACAAAAAAUAAGCAACUCUACUCUCUUCUUUCUCCUAUCCCUCCCCUUCGCCAAUCGCCCCUCUCCGCACCUAUCCUAUGGCGUCGGAAUCGACCCUCAUCUCGAUCCUCGAAACCUCAACUUCCCCGCCCAUCCAUUCCACUAUCUCCGACUACCUCCAGCCCUUCGCCGAGCUCCGGAAAUUGAAGAGCAAUUCCGGAGCCCGAAAACCCCAAGCCCACCUUGAUUCCGAGUUCAAGACGCUCGCCAGAUCUACAGCCAAGCGGUUUGCUCCAUUUCUCAAUCGCUGCCUCACGGUUUUUCCCAGACGCCUCUCCAAGUCCUCGAAAACCAACGGCUCGUCGGAGGAGGAAGGAAAACCUCCGGAUUUCAUUUUGGAACUGUUCGAUACUUACAAGCUGUGUCUGGACUGCUACGAACUGGUGUCUUCGGCGCUGGUGGGCAGACCGUACGAUAUUUACUUGCAGAAUGCGAGGCUGUUGCAUUGCCUGGUGGGUUGGGGGCUGUAUGAGGAGGCGAGAACUUUGGCGUUUGGGGUUUUGGAGAGGCUUAGGGCUUUGGAUUUGGGGUCGAGGAAAAAAGGAAGUAAAUCGGGAAAGCUUCUGCCGAUGAUUGAGCAGGGCGGCGAUGAUGAGAUGUUCGCGAAGCUGGUAGUGGAGGUGGCCACGCUCAUUGUGAAAUGCUUGGCAUUGAGUCGAAGUGCCGUUGAUGAGGACUAUAGGAAGGUCAUGACAUUGGUGGAAGAGGUUAAACCCUGGUUCAGGGUUCUAGACGAAAAUACAAAGCAGAGCAAGGAUACGGUUAUCAGAACUUGCAUGGCAAAAUGUGCUGAAUAUCUUGUUGGGAAGUUAACGAAUUUUGAUGGAGGUUUAGUAUGUGCAUUCUGUCUGAUGGCAUUGAACUGCUAUGCCAAAUCUUCAGUGAAGGAUCAGAUGUUUAAGGGCAAGUUCUUCACUGUUUUUGUUUCAUGAAGACAGGCCUUCGAUUGCCCUUCAAAUUAUAAUGGGCUUUUUGGAUUCUCUAGCCUCUGAGUGCAAGGUUGAAAAGGGAAAUGGGCAAUUGGAAUUUAUUGAUUUUGUCUCUUACAUUGCAAGCAAAUGUCAGCGUGCAAGUACAUCUUUUUGUAGUACUGUUGCUGGGCAUCUAAAUGACUUAGCUGAUGAUUUGUCUCAGGUCAUGACACCACUGGAUUUGUUCAUCAAGCUUUACUCUACCUCCAUCUGCUUUAACAGUCGUAUUUAUAAGCCUAGGAUAGCUGAUGUCGUGUCAUCCCCGGAUGAUAUUCAACCUGGCAGUUUAUUUGAUGAUGGGAUUGGACUUAGCAAUAUAGGACCUUUUCUGGGUUCCUUGCAGAGCUACAGUGUCGAAGGUUCCCAGCCAAGUAGUGAAAAAACGAGUUCUGAUAAUCAUUCUCCCAGUCAAUUAUCCUUACUAUCAUCUUCUUAUCCUGGAAAUUCAUUAAGGACCCCACACAAUAGGGAUGCUUAUCGUUUAGCUUACUUGAAUCUGUUGACGUUCUUGUGUCAACCUCUUGCCGAACUAGUAAAUUCACAAAAGACGUGGAUUUUUGCUGGAAAUGAUGUUACAGCUGUUUCUCCUGUGCUCUACAGUAUCCUGGAAGGCUUUCAGCAAUUCUUCUAUAAUUUGUUAUCUGUUCAUAGGAUUGCAAACAAAAAAGAACAAGGAUUGGAUGAUGGAUUUGGAUUCAAUGAGAGCGAUCACGUUCUUGCUAUUCCUGUGGCUGCCUUUAUAGUUUCAAUCAGGACAAAGCAUGAAGUGCAGAGUACCAUGGAUCUCAUUAAGCAGGUCAUUGCCAGUGAUUGGAUUCAGCCCAAGGGGCUCAAGUACGUGAGCAGGAAACUCUAUUGCAUUGGUGUACUUUUGUACAAGCAAAAUCAAGUGAAUGAGGCUUCAAAAGCUCUCAAAUUGUGCUGCAGGGCAGAGUGGGGCUGCCUUAAAAUUCUUUGCCAGAAUAGUGUUCUGGGUGAUCCUUCAGAAGACGCUUUUCUCGAUUAUGUUAGCGAUGCUUGCACAAGAACUGUUUUUCUUGUUGAUCUCCUCGGUCAGUGUGGAAGCAUGAAACUGCAGAGACUAAUUUUGGAAAGUCUUGAAAAUUGGUCUGCUGCUGAGGAUUUGUCUAUAAAGCUCCAACCUCCAGCGACUUUAGUGAAACAAUGGGUGAAGAUUAACUGUGAACUUAGCCAGAGCAUGGGUUCAGACUAUAGCGCUUCAACUUUACAUUGCUUGCUAGGUUCUUCUGCAAAAGUCUCAGUAAGGUCCAUGGGCAAACUCCUACAGCAGUUACUAGGAGCUCCUUGUUUAUGAGAGAAUGCAAAGUACAUACCCUGUAUUUUCGCACAGAAUGCUGCUGAAAGUCAUAGAUAUCCUCACGCAACAUGUUUAUAUCCAAGAGCAAGAUUAUUUAGAGAGAUAAAGAAUCUUGCUUAGAAAGGGAUGGGCGUUAAGAGCUUAUUCUGAUCAAGGUCUAUCCGACAGCAUCCAAUGUAUAUCGGAAGCAAUUUCGUUAAUUAGUUCUAAAACAAUGGGCCAAGGAAGUGCAUUAUCUCAUCAAUUAGCCAUGUCACAUAGUUUGCGAGCACUCUGCAUUCAGGAAGUAGAGCCGAACUCAACGGAAAUUAUUAGAGAUUUUAAAGCUGCCCUAAAUCUAUGGUUGAGCAUUCCGCAUCCUGAUGGUCUUAGACAGAUUGAAGAGAGUGCAUGUACUGGUGAUCUGCUGUUAAUGUUGUGUAAUAUAUUCGAUGUAUUAACACUAAAGGGUUUCACAGAACUCACCCAUGACAUCUACAAGCUCAUGAUUAGAUUCUGUGAAUGGCGAAACGUGUCAGUUGAAAAGUGUGUGCACUUCUUGUGGGGAAGUAGAAGGCUUAGUCACGCUCUUUGCUUCUCGCCAAUAGACAAUGCCUUCCUUACUGGCUUGUCAUGCAGUUCCGAUGAUAAAUUCAAUACCAUGGGGUUUUGGAUAGGCUGUCUAAAAGUGUCCAUGCCUCUAUUAGUUGGAUUCCAGCUGAAGCUAUCAAUUUCAUCUUCUUGUUGCUCUUCCAAUCUUGGUACUGAUUGUCAGUUAGAUGUUACAGUUGAUGUAAAGAAGGCUGCUUCUGAGCUUAUAUCUGAUGAUCCUCUGAACAGUUGGUCAGCUUUCUUUGCUGCGUAUCUUUACUAUGAUUUGUCUGAAAGGCUUAUUGGAAGUGGGCAAUUUAUUGAGGCUCUCUCCUCUGCAAAACAGGCAUAUAAAUUGCGCUCCAAAUUGUUUCAAUACAAUUUCACAUAUCAACGCGGACAUUAUACAGGAAGGGCAGAUUGCACUCAGAAGUGUACAUAUAGCAUCCAGAACCUACGAGUGAACAAAUCAAUUGCUAUUCAAGUAUGGUCCGCUAAUAAUAUUUCAGAGGAUUUGGAAACAUGUUAUCUUAGUCCAUGGAAAGUGCUUCAGUGUUAUCUUGAGAGCAUUCUUCAGGUCGCUGUCCUGGAUGAAAUUAUCGGGAACGGAGUAGAGGCUGAGACUUUUUUAUUGUGGGGAAAAGAAAUCUCUAGCUGCUUGAACUUGCCGCUUUACAAUGUUGCAUUUUCUACUGUUCUAGUUUACCUGUAUGCCUAGGGAAACUAUAUCAUGAGAAACGGUCUUGGGAUUUAUCAGAAGAGGAACUUCAAAGUGCCAAAGAAAUCUUGGUGUAGAUUGAUGCUAGAAAGCUCUGUGAAUCAGCAGCUUGGUGAUUUGACUCGUAGCCGUUUGGUCACUGCGACCGAGGACAUCUCACACGAAUUAUUAUCUUUUGCGGAAGGCUUGUACUCAUCAGCUCUGGAAAAGUUGAACCUGCCAAAGUGGAAAACUCCUGAUAGUUGUCUUCAGGACGUUGAAAAUCUUGUGGGGAAUAUGGAUGAUAGUUCUGUUGCAACAUAUCCAGAGGGAAUAGAAUUUGUUAUAUGCAGAGCUGUGCCGGAAGUGAAGGCAGGAGUCCGAAAGAAUAGACGAACCAAAAAUGCACCAGUAUCUUUAUUGGAGGAGAAUAAGUCUGAGGUUGCCCUUAACACAAGGUCAACUCGAUCUAGGUGUCGUUCUUCUCAGAAACAAAAUGUGAAUAGUUGUGCUGAGCCACAAACUGGAAUUUUAAAGGGCCGUGAGACCAAAAGUGGUUGUGGUUUAUCUCAAACAAGUGGUGAAGGGUGGUUGUUACCAGAGGUAAAAUGUUGUAGUGUUGAGGGUAAAGGUACAUGCAUUUGCAACAAAGGGAAUUGUUCCAUCUCUCCAUCUCUGGAUACAAAGGAAUCUGGAUUAUUGAGUCAUUACAUUCAAAUGAGAUGGGAGUUAGCUUGCAGACGGAUUUCUAUCGGAUUACUUGAUGGGAUAGGAAGGUGCCACGAGAUUCGAGCUCGACAUCAUGAUCAACACAAAGUUUCUCUACAAAGUAUCUCUGUCUUAAUAGGUAAAAACCCAUUCGGUUUGAAUCAGAUUUCUAUGCCAUCAACCACCCUGCUUAAUCUAUUAUCCAAGGAGUGUUUCCGGAAUGUUUUUGCUGUUGAGCUUGCGCAAGUGCUUUACAAUGUAUGCUGGAUCUCUUUGAAGAGUUACUGCAUCAAGGACGCAAGGAACAUCUGCUGCAAUUUCACUCAAAUCAAGUUACCGGAAGCAGUGUCUUGGUUGUUACAAGCCUUUGUACUUUGUCGAGAAGUUCCUAACCUGUUGAAGAAGGUCUCCAGGUUGCUUUGUGCCAUAUAUAUACUUUCCCCCUCGAAGGGACUUUUCUCUUUGUCUUCAUCCAGCAAGGUGCUUUCGGAGAGCCAUUGGGCUUCAUAUUUUCAUCAGGCAUCACUUGGCACCCAUCUGAACUACCAGUUCUUGUUGAACAAGACCCAGGAAAACAAACGCCGGCAUGCUAUGGAUGAACAGCAUUUAGAUCAUCAGGAUUCAUCAACAAGUGACUUGGCGGAAGCAAAAUCACAUGACUUACCAAGAGUUGCACCGCCAUUUGUCGAAGAUUUGGAAAAUUUUGUGAGAGACUUUUUUGCAGACCUUCCUUGCACCACUGUGAUUUACGUAAGCUUGAUUGGCGACCAGUUAGCCAUUUUAUUGCAAGAGCUACUCGCAUACCCUCCAUCUAUCCACGCAUGGGUACUUGUAUCACGUUUAAACUCUACGAAUCAACCUGUUGUGGCUGCUCUUCCCGUUUACUCCACUUUGGAAGCUUUGGAAGAUGAUUGUGCUAGUUCUGGUUACAGAGAUAUUCUUAAAAGAAAUGAGUUGAUUAGAAAAUGGCAGUGCCCCUGGGGUGCUACUGUCAUUGAUGAAGUUGCUCCGGUAUUUCGACACAUAUUGGAGGAGAAUCACUUGUCAUCAUCAAAUUUGCCACUGGAAGAUUCCAAAGAGAACAGAAAUGCAUGGUGGAGUCGAAGAAAGAAACUAGACUGUCUACUUUAUGAAUUUCUAAGGAGCUUAGAAGAAAAGUGGUUUGGACCAUGGAGGAGCUUGUUUUUUGCUGAACUAUCCAACUUCAAGACCAUGGAUGCAAUAGAAAGCAAGCUGAUUCGAGAUCUGAAAUCUAAAUGCAAAGUGGCUGUAAAUCAAAUUCUGUUUAAGGUCAUUCUUGGUGCAGGAGAUGAGUUUGACGUAGAAACAUGUAUUAAGCAAUUAUUCUCUGUGAAGAAGGGUUGCGUGGUUGGUAAACCUGGAUUGUCCGAAGAAGAAAGUCUUGAGACCCAAUCUGAAGAGUCUGAAGCAGUUAAAAGACAAAUCGAGCUGGCUGUUCAGUUGUUAUAUGAGGCUCAUAAAAAGAUUCAAGAGGCAAAAGAGGGAGCCUCUGUGAAAAAAGAGGCAACAAUUCUGGUCCUAGAUAGUGAGGUGCAGGUGAGCUUUACCUUCCGACAUCUUCACCCUUAUUUCUUGUACUGUUCACCAUCCAGUGAUUUCUAUUGUAAUGAAGCUAAUGUUGCUAAUCCAUAUCAGAUGCUUCCAUGGGAAAAUUUACCAACACUGAGAAGCCAGGAGGUGUAUCGCUUACCUACAGUUGGCAGUAUCUCAUGGAUACUUGAUAGGAGCUUCAGACACCAGGAAUCAGGAUCAACCAUCUCUGUUGCAUUACCUUGCAUAGAUCCCUUGGAUGCUUUUUAUGUCUUGAAUCCCAGUGGUGAUCUGGAUCAUACGCAAGCUGCGUUCGAGGAGUGGUUUAAAGAUCAAAAUUUAGGGGGAAAGGCAGGAUCUGCUCCAACUGCCGAAGAACUGGCUUUGGCCGUGAGGAAUCAUGACCUCUUCAUAUAUUUAGGCCAUGGCAGUGGCACGCAAUACAUAUCAGGAGAUGAGAUUAAGAAGCUGGAAAAGUGUGCAGCAACUCUUCUUAUGGGCUGCAGCAGUGGUUCUCUGUCUUUAACUGGAUCUUACGUUCCAAGAGGCGCUCCACUCUACUAUCUGUUAGCAGGUUCGCCAGUCGUCGUGUCAAACCUCUGGGAAGUGACUGACAAGGACAUUGAUAGAUUCAGUAAGGCUAUACUUGAUUCUUGGAUGCGCGAAAGGUCUGACAAGGACACUGCCCGGUGCAACCUAGUCAAAGAAUUCGAUUCAAUGAGCAUCAAGGGCAAAGGCAGGAAGAGAGUCUCCAAGAAAAAGGCACCUGAAUCUGUAGACUCCAACGAUGAAGAUAGUACCAAACACAACAGUCCUAACAACCGCCGGCCUACUGUUGGGUCGUUCAUGGCUCAGGCUCGGGAAGCUUGCACAUUGAAGUACUUGAUUGGAGCAGCACCAGUCUGUUAUGGAGUUCCAACAGGUAUUAGGAGAAAGGAGAAAGUAGCACAAUAGUUGGCCAUCAUAUUUUGUGAGGGACUCGGGUUUUCAUUGGACUCAGUUCACUUCACACAAGUGAGCUUUUAGGUUAUCAAAUUGGUCACUCCAUCUUGGUCAUUGCUGCUGGGCAGGAUAUGUGCUAGCUUAACGUGUUCAGGUUAGUGUUGUAACACAGUAACAGCAUUGAAUAGUUGUACAUAACCCAAUUACAGAAAUUGAGUUUCAAGUCUAGUGCAAAUAGCCAUGAAUGAGGCUUCUUAGGGAAGAAAAAAAAGACAUUAGAAUUCUAUGUUUGGUACUAGAAUUCGGUACUUAGUGGUUCAACAAUUUGGCAAUUGCAUACCAGUGUAAUGCCAUUGUUAAAAUAAAAUAAUAUAUUUAAUUGAUG